AUGGUCACCACAGAUGAAGGAUGUAGAAGUCUCUAUGUGGGCAACCUUGAUCCAAGAGUAACAGACAGCAUGCUUCAUGAGAUCUUUGGGGUGGCGGGAUCUGUAAACAAUACGAAAAUUAUUCCUGAUAAAAAUUACCAACAUGGAGGAUUAAAUUACGGUUUUGUUGAAUUUAAUGACCAUCGUUCUGCUGAACAAGCUCUUCAGACCCUUAAUGGUAGAAAAAUAUACAAUAUGGAAAUUAAAGUGAAUUGGGCUUUUCAAGGACAACAAGGUCAUAAAGAAGACACAUCAAAUCAUUACCACAUCUUUGUUGGUGAUUUGAGUCCUGAAGUUAACGACGAAGUACUUGCCAAAGCCUUUAGUGCAUUUGGAAGCAUGUCAGAUGCUCGUGUUAUGUGGGAUGUAAACUCGGGAAAGUCUCGGGGAUAUGGCUUUGUAGCUUUCCGUGAUAAAACCGACGCUGAACAAGCUAUUGCAACAAUGAAUGGUGAAUGGCUUGGAAGUCGUGCUAUCCGAUGCAAUUGGGCCAACCAAAAAGGUCAACCGGGUCCAGGGAGCACAACAUCAGAACGACAAGGAACGCCCACGUCAGCACCUCAAUUAUCGUAUGAAAUCGUCGUUGCACAAACUCCACAUUAUAAUAGUACGGUAUACGUCGGCAACUUGCCACCUUAUACUACUCAGGAACAUUUGAUGCCAUAUUUCCAAAACUUUGGAUAUAUUAUUGAAGUUCGCAUGCAAGCAGAUCGUGGUUUUGCAUUCGUAAAACUAGAUACACAUGAAAAUGCGGCCAAUGCAAUUGUAAAUCUUCAAAAUGCAAGUGUUAAUGGUAGAGUCAUUAAGUGUUCUUGGGGGAAAGAUAGAGCUCCGGAACAGUCGACUGCAGCUACCUAUCAUGCGUAUAGUGUUCCAGGUACGACCUAUAACUAUCCAUAUGGAUAUUAUGGCAAUCAUACUGCUCAUCAUUAUGCAACUCCAGGUACAGAAGCUGGUUAUGAUCUUCCACCUGGUAUGUCCGCUCCACCACAAUCUUUGGCAUCUCUUGACGGAGCAACUGCUGCCGCAGUAGUCGCAGGUCAACAACAUGCCACGGCUAGUUGGGAACAAUAUUAUAAUAAUGGUGGUUACGCUGAAGCAUAUGGACAAUAUUAUCCGUAUGGGUAUGGUACUCAAGCCGCCGGUACAGGAGCCCCUGGUGCCCCCGGAAUGGCGGCUCCAAAUUCUCCACAUGCGGUUCCUGGUGGUCAUCCACCUUCGGUAGGCGGUCACGGGCCAUCAAGUGGAAGUGCUUAUAAUGGAUAA